CUGGUAUUAAAAUGUGACUAAGAAGUAUAGAAAUCUGAAGCAUAUGAAUGGGACGCAGACGUAACGGUCAAAGAUGUCAAAAAUAAGCAUUGUACUCUUCAUACUUCAGAGCAUCAUUAUUGUCAACUCCUUAGCCAAUCUCUGUCCGCCAUUUGAAGACCUACAGCCAUGUGGAUGCGUCAGUGAUGGGAAGAAUAUUCGAAUCGAUUGUUACCAAAUCACCUCUGUAGAAGCUCUAAAACCAGCAUUGUCCAGCCUCAAAGGAAUCAAACACUUAUUCAUAGAUUUCAUUAGAGCGCGUCUGGACAGUGUCCCAUCCGAUCUUUUCAAAGGACUUGAUAUCUAUAAACUUUCUUUCACAAACUGCGACCUCAAAAGCUUUGGUGAUAAAGGUCGAUCAGCCCUGGAAGGACUUGAAGAUACUAUUGAGGAGUUUUCAAUUCACUUCAGCUUUGAAGAAGAUAACGAGCUGAAGUUCCUGAAUGUUAGCUCUCUUCGAGUUAUUGAAGAUUUGGAGAUUGAAGGGAACGAAAUGACGAUAUUAGGCAACGAGUGGUUUGCAGAAGGGCCUCACAGCCUUAAGAAUUUGUACAUAAUGACGAAUCUUCUACAAGAGUUGGGAGACCAAGUUUUUCGACCACUGUCUAAUCUUAAAAAUCUUUGGCUAACCGGUAAUCAACUGAAGGCUCUCAAAAGAAGCAUGUUUCCUUCCCCCGCAAACCAUCUCACAACUCUUGACCUCACAAACAACGAAUUAUCCAGUCUUCCUGAAGACAUGUUUCAAGACAUGCCAUCAUUGAAGGAAGUUAUUUUAGCAGAAAAUGAACUUACAACUCUUCAUGAAACAACAUGGAUACCAGUGUGGUCCCGUUUAACGAGUGCAUAUCUGGAAAGUAAUCCCCUAGAUUGCGAUUCCCACAUUGAAUGGACAUUUGAUAUUAGGAGACCCUACGUUCUCAAAGGGGUCUGUGUCUCACCCGAGAGUAGAAAAGGGAAAGAUCUGAAAAGACUUAUCGAUGACAGUCAAUUAGGAUUGGAUGUUUAACGGCAAAUCACUUUUAAUAAAUAUUUUG